AUGCCUCACGAGCCUAAUCCCGCUCCCGUCUCCGACAUCGUGUCUACUUCUCCGAACUCUGACAAUUCUGAUAACGGAGUGAACGCAUCCAUGCAGGGUGAGACUACACAAGACGUCCGAAGGACAAGAAACACUUACUGGGAUAUUCACUAUAACAUCACACCCAUCGAGGUCGACCGCGUCCGCCGGAACAAGGAUUGGGAGAAGAUCCUCGCCUCGCUCACAGCGAUUGAUGUCUUCUCCAUCACGCAGCAAAUCUUUCUAGAGGUCCCAGACGACAGGAUGCAGGAGUUGCUCCAGAAGACACGCGAUACCACGAAGGAAAGACAGCACUUAGCUGCCCAGGCGCUCGAGUUUUCACUCUCGGAUAACGGUCAGAUUGGCACGGUCUGGCUGCUGCUCCCGGAGCACGAGCGUCAACGACACAUCCUUGUAGGGCUCGAGGCCGCGUGCGAGAUGGCAUUAAUGGGCUCCGAGGACCGUGCCCUGUGUCCUGAGCUCUCCGUGAAACAGCUGCGGAAGGGUGCAGGACAGGCGUACGUUGACUUUCUUGUGCGCUUUGCAGAAGAGGCAAAGCGUGCAGAGCCUGGCCGCAUUUUCACUUUCGCGAGCGCAUGGUGGGACUCUGCCACAGACCUGCUCCCCAACUCACCAUCUGAGAAUGACGAAUUUAUCCUUGAAUGGACAACACUCCAUAGGAACGAUUUUAUCGCUUGUUUUGUUAUAAAAUCAGUUGUGUCGGUGGUCCACGAUAUUGUCAACAGAAGCCAGGAUAUGGAUCUAGUCCUAAACCUUAUGGACAAAGACGUGGAUGUUGCCAUUGGACUAGCAAGUGGAUUUAGGAACUUGGGAGCCAAGCCUCCCGUUCGCUGUCAAAAUUGCCAGCAGGAUCUUGAAGAAUCCAGCCGGGGCACCAAGUUAUCUGUUUGCAGCGUUUGCAAUGCGAAGCUGAAAAUCAGGGUAUACUACUGCUCUCAUAACUGCCAGAAAACGCACUGGCCAGAGCAUAAGAAGAUAUGUGGAAAAUCCCUGCCAGACAGCCACCAAUACGCAGCGGCCGGCGGUAACCCUGUCAUCUUCGAUCUCAUGAGUGAUCUCCCCCAUCGUAAAAAGAUCGCCGUCACCGACAUCACCGCGGGUUCGCCUGUCCCAGGCUUCGAGCGCUCAGACCCGCUUUAG